UGCGGCUCUUUGAGAAGUUGGUCUAGAGUACUUAUGGGUGAUCAAGAACCGGCGGCACCGCAGCAGGAAGCUGUAAGACAAGAAGUGGAACACAACAUCGCAGUUCAAUGUCCAGUGGCGGUUCAACAGCCAGGCGACGCUCAGCCUUCAAACCCAGAACAGAACCAAGCUGCCGCUACGGACGAAAUGGGUCUGUGGGAACGAUUACGAGCCAUGCGUGAUGGAAUAAUGUGGGUAGUAAUCUUCAGUUUUGUUGUUGGCCGAUUGGUCUUCUUGAUCAUGUACAUCGUGUGGUUUCAUGACUGCUUCUUCAGAGAGUUUAAAAUGGGAGCGGCAUGCAAAGAUUUCACUCUUUACCCUGAACCAAAGAUGAUUUCUACAGUUUGGCUUAUAAUCGUCAGCAUUACAUCCGUGUGUCUAAUCAACUUCGUCUGGCAAUGGCACGGUUCUUCACCCUUGAAGUCAAUCUUCAGACAUCUUUAUCGUAAAAAGUACUUCUGCAAGCUGUGUGUCAUUACCAUACUGGUAAUUAGCUACGACUCGUUAACUAUUCGUGCCAGAGAAUUUGAAGUGAAAACAAUAGCUUUAUACUGUGCGUAUAUACUCGAACAUAUCACGUCUGCUGCACUCAUGUUCACAUUAAACUUCGUUCCAGAGUUCGUCAAGAAUGAUGUACUACAACGUAAUCCGAAAUAUUAUGGUUAUAAAUUAACCUUGCUACUCUACUCGAUCGAGAAUUAUGUCCUAUACGCCUUAGGAACUGUUGUAGCUGCGUACAAACUGGUUUCAGUUCCUACAACUUGUAGUCCCACACCUGAAAUUCAAAACAACACCGACUGUUACGAUGUCCUAGCUGUUACCAUGUUGUUUCUUCUUGUGAGUGUCCUCGCUAUCCGUCUCACAGUUGGAGAAUUCUUUCUGACCAAGUUCUUCGAAGAAGAUGUUAAUGUUCUCGACCCCCCGUCGCAAGCUCCACCGAAUUUACCUAAUUCGCCAGUGACUCAACGCAAAGAAGAAGAAAAAGAGAAAAGAACAGGGACAGAGGAGACAAUCUUGGAAAAGGAUAAUCAGUCAUGAGAAAUAGAAAUGAAAGCCCAACCAAAAGCCAUGUAUAAUAACCAAGCAACUAAGCAACCCGAAGCAUGGAAACAAGCAAGAAAGGAUAAAAGGAGAGAUUGAAAAAUCGGAAGAUGAGAUUUCAUGUGCAUAGAUUUUAUCUAAAAUACUUUAGGUUUGUACCUUUCAUGUAUACAUAGGUGAACAGUGAUAAGGUGAACUCAGAGGUGGAUUCAGGUAGAAUAAAAACGCAGAAAGUAUAAGAUAUAGAAUUAUUUAUAGUAACUCAUUAGAGUUUCUUCUUUCCUUGAUUAUUGAUGUUCUAUUCGA